AUGCUCCCCAUCACAACCUGCUUUGUUGCAGGACUACAGUAUCUUCUUCAUCCUGUGAAACUGGGAACCAUUCAAGAAACCAUCAACCCGGAUGCUCUCAUUCCCGUUACGCUACUUACCACGGAUGAAAUCUUUGGUGACAUCGAAGGUGUUUUGAACCUUUUCGAUAGUGCCGAUGACGUGUUUGUCCCAGACUUUGGAUCUAUUCUCGUGGAAAAGACUGGUAGCAAUACCAGCCAUGUACAAGACGCGCGGCAAGUCUAUCACUUGGACUUGAUCAAGACCCUAGAGGGCUUCUCCGAAUUGCCGUCAGGUCCCUACUUUCUUCACGGUCCGAAUCUUCACCAAGCAUGGCGGCUGUAUGAUGAUGAAUUCGGAGCCUUCACCUUUGGUGUUAUUCCAGAUGAUUCUGAUAAACCAGACGAAUACCAACCUCUCACUUCGUCUUCAUUGCAAGGAGAUUCAGUGACAGUUCCUGUUCCUUCCAGACUCUACUAUCCUCAGCCUUCUCUCCGAAAACCCUUGUCUGGUGUUCGUGUCUCUGUAGGUGACACAGUUUCUCUAAAAGGCACCCACACUACCUUUUCCAGCCGUGCGUGGAAGUCUCUCUACAAGGAUCCAUCGAGUGUUACAGCCAAUUAUGCUCAAGAGCUUCUGGAUCAAGGGGCAAUUAUUGUUGGGAAGACCAAGACAGCACAAUUUGGGACAGGUGCAGACUGGGUUGACCAACAGGCUCCGUGGAGCGCAAGAGGCGAUGGUUAUCAAAGAAUGCAGGGUAGCUCUAUCGGUGCUGCUUCAGCGUUGGUCGGAUACGAAUGGCUGGAUCGUAGCAUUGGGGUAGAUGAUGGUCGAGUCGUAGCCGAGAACGGCAUUUAUUCGUUGAUCCGCCCAGCGAACAUAUCAUCAGGUGACGUGAAGACACUCUCCAAGUUCGACGGAAUGAGAUUCUUCAGUCGGAGUAUGAAAGGCCUGCUUCAUCACGCACCAAGUCAUAAACUCGACGCAAGAGGAGAUAGCGUUGCCCCAAAGGUUAUCAUUCCCGUGGACUUGUCUUCGCCUGGAGAGACACAAAAGGCAGCCAUUGAUAAAUUUGUGUCGAUUAUCGAAGAACACUUGGAUGCCAAAGCCGAAUAUAUUGAUGUCAGCAAAAUUUGGGAGGAAAAUCCACCAGUAGAAGCAUCAAAUGAUGGAAUGCAAUCGUACAUAAGCCAACGAAAGUUUCACAAAGAACCCUUCAUUGAGACUGCGCCGCAAUUCUUCUGGGAACAAUGCAAGUCCGUAACGGAAGAGGAACAUGGCAAAGACGCCGAACGACUCGAGGUAUUCCGAAAGUGGUUUCACGAUAACGUCAUGAACAUUUCAACAACUUCUAGUGCUGACACUCCUAUUCUCGUCCUUCCAUGUGGUGAUGUCCAAGUCAAGCAUCGGAACGAGCCUAUGGAUCCACCAACCAUUUACAAAGGCGUUGAUUUCACGACAUUAGCGCCCGUAUUGGGUGCAAGUGUUUUGUCGUUUCCCUUCACACAAGUAUCGUAUAAAUCCGACAUUACUGGCACGACUGAGUAUCAGCCGUCAAAAAGUCAGACCAUUUCGUCAAACACUUACAAGCUCCUUUGCUGGUUCAAGGCUCGACAAACGAAUUAUUUGGACACAGCAUGCGUUAAACGCGGCACUCAGCAUAAACCGGGAGUGAUCCGGCUUGAAGCUGUCGACAGGGAUCUUCCAUCAAGCUGUCAACCGGAGACCGGGCCAGUAACUACCACUCGCGGUAUAUCUCAUCAGAUCAGAACAGCAAUGGCGGAACCAGCAAAUACACCAGUGCCGGCUUCUACGCCGCGAGCUACAUCUCCUGCUCCCCAUCAGUCCCUGUUUUCCCAAUCUGGCUCAUUUCUCUCACCAAAGCUAUCUAUGCCACCGUCGAAACCUCGGGUUCUUCAUAUUGGCGAUCCUGUGAAAUACAACCCCGAAACCUUUCUCCGCUUCAGUAUUCAGUGUGAGAUUGUGAGACCUUCAGCUGAAGAACGUCAGCGACCAGAGUUUAUCAAGGCUCUUGAAGAUAAGCGAUGGGGAGACUUUGAUGCUAUCUUUCGACCGUUCUGGAGCACUGGUGGAGAGAUGGGGAAAUGGGAUGCUGAGCUGAUUAGCCUUCUGCCGGAGAGUGUCAAGGUGUUUGCGAGUGCAGGCGCUGGCUUUGACUGGGCUGAUACGAAGCUUUUGGGUGAACGAGGAAUCAUUUAUUGCAACUCUGGUCUUGCAGCUGCCGAAGCUGUCGCUGACUUUGCCAUGGCUAGUAUCAUUUCCACUUUCCGCGUCCUCCCAUGGUGUAUCUCAUCCGCCAUGUCGGGAGACGAAGAAGCCUUCAGCACAAAUCAUCGAGAUGCUACCAUGCAAUCGCGCAAUCUUCGCAACCAGGCCCUCGGACUAAUUGGAUUCGGCAACAUCGGCCAGCAGAUAGCGGCUCGUGCGCGUCACGGCUUCGGUAUGGAUGUUCAUUACUACGAUAUCCUUCCCAAGCCUUCUUCUGUGGUUGCCCCUUUGCGAGCUACGCAUCAUGAAACCCUUGAGAGCCUCCUUGCUAAAUGUGAUUGUGUUGUGCUAUGCACACCCGCUGGCGACGGUACGCUUAUCAACGCAACUACAUUACCGCUUUUCAAGCGAGGAUCACGUUUUGUCAAUAUUGCGCGGGGCAGUCUUGUGGAUGAGGAGGCACUGAUUGCUGCCCUGCGUGAUGGAACUUUAUCCAACGCAGCAAUCGACGUUCACACGAAUGAGCCAAAGAUACACCCUGGGCUCAUAGAACUAGCCAGGCAGGGUCGUGUACUUUUGACGUGCCAUAACGCUGGUGGAACUGUCGAUACACACAAGGGUUUUGAAGAGUUGAGUAUGCGAAACAUCAUGGCUGUACUCAGCGGCGGGGAGGCCAUCACACCUGUGAACUUGCAGUUUCUGAAGUAG